AAACAAUUUAAGGAAAAAAGAGGUAAUCGAACGAGUAUUGAAUGAAACUGGCAGAGCUGGUGAAAAGGAAUGUGAACUGUGUUAUUAAUAAAUUAAAAAAGCGGAAUUAAAUAAUUGGAGGCGAAAUUGAUUCUCAAAACUGCAUACUCUCAUUUUCUAAGACAAAAGAUAUACUUAAUUGAUAAAAAAUUUAAGCAAAAAGACUAGCAAUAAAUGAAAUUACCAGGCAGAUUUGGUGGCCCGUGAUUGAUCAAUUAAAAGGAAAAUAAAAUUGCAGCUAAGUGCAUCAUCGUAAAUUGCACCAUUGUCCGGGUAAAGAGCGCGAUUGCAAGAAGUUAGGAAACAUUCCAUAUAUGCUGAAGGUGAAAAGUUGUCUAUUGUGAUUGCUGUAGCUGAGUUUAUCCUGCUCUACAACAACUAAUUGUGCGGGAAUUAACAAAUCCUGCAAAGGAAGAGCGUAGUCUCACACAGCAAAAAUAGGCAUACUCCAGAUUGAAUACGUUUAGAAAAGUAUCCUUGAAAAUUAGAGCAAAGCUAUAGGCUUAAACCUAGAAUUAAGUUCUGCUUUAGUAUCUACGAAGUGAUACAAUUAUGACAACAAUAAAUAUAAAUUCACGCAAAAGUCCAAUGCUGAAAAAGCAGGGCACCGACCAGUGGGUGAAGCUGAAUGUGGGUGGCACAUAUUUCCUAACAACAAAGACGACACUCUCCCGUGACCCAAAUUCGUUUCUAUCUCGUCUAAUACAAGAGGAUUGUGACUUAAUAUCAGAUCGGGAUGAGACAGGCGCUUACCUUAUUGAUAGAGAUCCAAAGUAUUUUGCGCCAGUACUGAACUAUUUGCGACACGGCAAAUUAGUUUUAGAUGGCGUCUCCGAGGAAGGAGUUCUAGAGGAAGCUGAAUUCUACAAUGUGACACAGCUGAUAACGCUGUUGAAGGAGUGUAUACACCAUAGGGAUCAGCGACCACAUGCCGAUAAGAAACGUGUUUAUCGUGUGCUGCAGUGUCGCGAACAAGAAUUAACUCAGAUGAUCUCAACUUUAUCGGAUGGUUGGCGAUUUGAACAACUAAUUAGCGUUGGCAUGCAGUACACAAACUAUGGCCCAUUCGAAAAUAAUGAGUUUUUGUGUGUAGUCUCAAAGGAGUGCGGAUCGUCAACGGGUCGCGAACUGGAGCUGAACGAUCGCGCCAAGGUGCUUCAGCAGAAAGGCUCUAGAAUUCUCGGAAUUUAAAGUAGAAAGAAAGCGAAAUGUCACACCACCACCACCAUCUCCCUACACCCCUGAAUCUAUAAUGAACGAAUUUGCGUACUAGUGCUCCUACCACAAAGCUUACAACCAUCAACAGCACCACCACUACCUUAACCACUACCAUCAUCAAACACAAUUUCUACCACCAAGUCCCCAGCUCAAUUUACCAAUUCACAAUUCACCACUAUAACCUUAUGCUUAUCAAAUACUUUCGACAUAACAACAGCAAUCACAGCAAUCACUGCUACCACCACCACGAAACGUCAUUAUCGAUUGUCCUUUUUUUGAUCAGACGAAUACAGCCACAACAAAGCAAAAAAAAAAAAAGCAAUGCGCUCUCAACCACGUGCUCAGUAAUCGCUCACAAUGACAUUUACAUACAUAUAAAUAAUUGCAAAAAUAUUAAUUUUAUAUAACAAUAUACAUAUACUCUGCUUCAUAUUUCUACUUGCGUAAAUACAUACAUACAUACAUACAUAGAUACUAUACAUAGCCGUAUAUAAUAACAUUUAUUUGUAAUUGACAUUAAUUCACAAAACGAAGACAAGAAAAAAUGCGUCGAAGGCGAAUCUGCAACAAUAUAAAUAGAAAAAGCUUAGGAAAUGUAGAAUGAAAAAAAAAAAACAAAAACAAAAGCAAAAAAAAGGAAGCAAAACAAUAAAAAUUAAAAUUAACAUUUUGUCUGCAAAGUUCAAAAGCAUUAAAUGGAAUGUUGUUGUCACGCGUUUAAGAUUGCAAUUUGAUUUGUUUCAUUAAUAUGAAACAAAAAAAAACAUAAAGCAUGAAAUAAAAUAAUGAAAGAAUACUGAAAAUACUUACAGAUACUAGAAAUAGAAAAGUCGCAGAAAGCUUCACGUUGCUUUUAAAAAACGGCCAACGGCUUGGUUGCAGAUGCAAAUCACAAUUAGGAUAUUCAUACAUCUGUAUUUAGGCGUAACAAAGAAGAAAAAUACUGAAACUAAAAGCAACAACAAACUGUUUUAUUCAUAUAAAUUUGCUAACGAAACGAUAUUAAAAGUUUUUGAAGUUUUUGGUAUAUAUUUUAAGUUUAAUAACCAAGUCUAUGAGUUCUUUUGGUUUGCAAGCAAUGCAAAUGGACUUUAAUUGUGAUGACAUCAAUAUUAAUAAUAUAUACAACAACAAAAAUUGAAUAAAAGUGCAUGCAAAAAGAUAUUUAAGUUAUAAACCCACAUUCACGCGCCACAUAUAAACUGAUACCAGGUGGCGCAAAAUUAAUCAUCCAUUUUUUUAAUAACUUUACUAAAUAAAAAAUAAUUUUGAGUGUUGGAAAUUUGUAUUUUGAGUGUUGAAAAUCUUUAUUCUGAGUUUACUAAAUAAAAAAUAAUAAUUUGAGUAAUGGAAA